GGGAUGCAGCAUUCCCAGAGGAAUUCAGCCCCCGCCAGCACCAACAGCCGGGACUUUCCAAGGAACAGCAACUUCCCAGCACAGCCCCAGUGCCUCACCCUCUGUGUGACCCUUCCAGGCACCAGCACUUGCUCUCCAUGCUCCUAAUCCCGGCUGGAGCAGGUCCCCUCCCCUGAGCAGGGCCGGAGUCCCUCGGGUCACCUGGUUAAAGCCUCUGGACACACAGCCCGGCGCCCUCUGAUUGCCAAACUCACCUUUCCACCCACAGCACCACCGAGCUCCUGCCACCAUGAAAACCAUCAUAGCAGCCUGCUCCCAGAACCUCAGUGGCAGCCGGGCCAGCAUCCAGACCGCCCUGAGGACGCUGCUGGCCGUGCCCUGGCCCUCGCAGCGCGACAUCGGCUCCGCGCUCCAGCUGCUGGCCGUGCUGCAGUGGGUGCUCAGCUUCCUGCUGCUGGGAAUCGUCAGCCUCCUGCUCCUUAUCUACCUGCUGUUCACCAGCCUCUGGCUCAUCCCCGUGCUCUACCUGGCCUGGAUCAUCUUCGACUGGGACACGCCGGAGAAAGGUGGCAGGAGGCUGUCGUGCCUGCGGCGAUGGACCGUGUGGAAGCACUUUCGGGAUUAUUUCCCGGUGAAGCUGGUGAAGACACACGACCUGUCCCCCAGCCACAACUACAUCAUCGGCUCGCACCCCCACGGCAUCCUCUGCGUCGGCGCCUUCUGCAACUUCAUCACGGGCUCCACGGGCUUCGAGGAGCUGUUCCCGGGCAUCCGCUCCUUCCUCACCACGCUGGCCGGGAAUUUCCGCCUGCCCUUGUUCCGGGAGUACCUGAUGAGUGGCGGACUGUUCCCGGUGACCCGCCGUGCCAUCGGGUACCUGCUGUCCCAGCAAGGCACGGGCAACGCGGUGGCCAUCGUCAUCGGCGGCGCGGCCGAGUCGCUGUCCUGCCGGCCCGGUGUCACCACGCUCAUCCUCAAGAACCGCAAGGGCUUCGUGCGCAUGGCCCUGCGCCACGGGGCUUUCCUCGUCCCCUCCUUCUCCUUUGGCGAGAACGACCUCUUCCGCCAGGUGGUCUUUGAGGAGGGCAGCUGGAUGAGGAGCAUCCAGCGGCGCUUCCAGAAGAUGAUGGGCUUCGCUCCCUGCCUGUUCUACGGCCGCGGCCUCACCUCCUGCCGCUCCCGCGGCUUCCUGCCCUACGCCAGACCCAUCACCACCGUGGUGGGGGAGCCGCUGGCCGUGCCCAAGGUGGAGAACCCGAGCCGGGAGCUGGUGGAUCGGUACCACGAGCUCUACAUCCGCGCCCUGCUCAAGCUCUUCAACGAGAACAAGACCAAGUACGGGUUGUCCGAGUCAGACGAGCUGCACAUCCUCUGAGCGCCACCAGCACCGGCCCCGUCCCGGCUCCUGAGGGCUCUUGCGGGGGGAAUUUCAGCCAGCCUGGCAUGGGGGACAUGCGGGGGACAGUCCCCACUCUGGCCUGCUGCUCCUCCAGCCUGAGGGGGAGGUGGGAGGAGAGGGGGAAGCGAGGGGAGGAUUGGGAAAGGCUCCCCCUGGGGCAGGGGGUUUGAGGGGGCUGUGGGUGACACAGCUGCUCCCUGCAAGGGGCUGGGGUGGGGCUGGGGCCAGCCGUGGGCACGGUCCCCUGGGGUAGCCAGGUCACCACAAGCUGAGGGAGGGGUGUCAUGGGAGGAGGGACUGACGUGGGGUUUUUGGGGUGGCAUCCUGAUGACCAGUGGGACCAGCCUGGGGCACAGCCCACCCUGGGAUGGAAGGGGGACACUCCUGGACUUGGGGACCUGUGGAUGUGUCCUGAGCCAGGACCAUGAGGCCCCAGAUGAGCCUUUCCUGCCAUCUCCAUACCCAAUACAGAUUUUGAACCUCCCAA